AUGACCAGUAAAGCAGCCGUUGAGCCAGUAUGGUAUCUGCCUGGCAUCACUGAACAUUUUGGGAUAUCCGAGAGCCUGCUUCGCCGUGCCCUGUUCAAAGACACUGGAGGAAUGUAUCCUGAAUUGAUCACCCGCCCCGAUAUCAAGGUCUUCCUCCCUCCUAUUGGCAAUUUGACAGUUGACAUCUUUGGAAACCCUGCCUUCCUGGCUGAUGAGUCUAAGGAACUGACCUUGCGUGUACACGAUGAAUGUAAUGGUUCUGAUCUCUUUGGAUCCGACAUUUGCACCUGCAAACCUUACCUGGUCUUUGCAAUCAAAGAGUGUAUCUGUUGUGCCCAGAGAGGUGGAGUAGGCCUUGUAGUCUACUUCCACAAAGAGGGCAGAGUGCUAGGUGAAGUCACAAAGUACUUGGUCUACAAUCUCCGGAAGCGUGGUGGCAACUCUGACAAGUACUUCAAGUCCAUGGAGCUUAUUGCUGGUGUGAAGGACAUACUUGGAGAAAAACUUCUCGAUCUACUUCCAGCGACUGCUCAAACGAAGUGGAGCCCACCACAUCAACAUACACAGUAA